AUGCGACCAAAAUCUAGCCUAGGAUACUGUAACGAUCUCGUGGAACGUUUGUUUAUGCGAACAACACGUCGAUGGCCAGUGAAUCAUACAGUUCUUGGUCUUCGAUUGAUUGUUGAUCACUACAUGGAGGUCUCGAGACGAUUCUGUUCCAUUGCACAGCCUGUCUUUCCUCUUUAUUCACACGCAGCGCCCAUUUUCUUCGUGGCGAAACAUUCCCACGUAACUAAAAGAAAAUGCAUGAAGUAUCUCAUAUAUCAGUCAGAGUAUCAGUGGUAUCUCAAAUUUACAUAUUUCCAUCUUUAUAUUGAAAAAAGUUUUCGAACACUCAGUUCAAGUCACAACUCGAUGUUCAUUAAAAAAUGGCUUCUAGGCCUCCUGACAUUGCUGCUCUUCGUUGCUUCAGUUUACUCUCGUCCGAUUGUCACUGAAGCAGAGAAGCAAGCCGAAGCUACAGUUGCACGAAUCGUCGCAACUCCAAAGCCAGAACCUCACCAUCUGACAAAGGUGAAAGUGUCUGGUCUGCGUCUCGAAGCAAAUGUCGGAACCUUCAAUAAAAUUGUUAUGGGACACAACAGAAAGCACAACGUCGUGAUCGCUCCAAAUCAAAAUGUUAGAGUCGUGCUGUUUGGUCAGAACUUCCAAGAUAUUGGAGCUCUGACUUUCACCGCCGAUGGAACUUGUACGGAUAUGAGGCAUUUUUUCGAGGCUGACUUUUCUUCCAUGACGGAUCUGCGUCUGGUAGCAGAAGUUACCUUCCCAAAAACAGCAGCGGAGUCCGACAUAUUUAAACUUUGUAUCUCAGAAAAAUAUUAUGCGGAACCUCGAUUUGCUGUUAUUGAAGAUCCAUUCACUACAGUGACAACGGAAAUUCCCCCACCCGAGCAUGCAAUGCCAAGGUGGCUAUCGAUCAUCUGUCUAGCGUUCUUGUUAUGCAGCUCGGCAUUGUUUUCGGGACUCAACAUCGGUCUAAUGACAAUUUCACCUUACGAGCUUCAGUUGUACCGUGCAAGUGGAACGAACUCCGAAAAACGAUACUCCGAAAAAAUACUCCCAGUUCGAAAGAAGGGGAAUCAAUUGCUCUGCACUCUUAUCAUCGGAAACGUUAUUGUAAAUGUUGGAAUAUCUAUGCUGAUGGACAUGAUCGUUGGAACUGGCCUCGGGGUUCUUUUCGGAGCUACAGCUGCAAUCGUCGUCUUCGGAGAGAUUAUUCCACAGGCUCUAUGUGUGAAAAUUCUUAACUUCCGAAUUGCCUAA